AUGUGGGCCCCAGCCCCUGUGGCCUGGCUGGCAGAUGAAGGCUUUGUGUUACCCGUGGUUUUAGGCGUGCUGUGGACUGCCAUGGCCAUGGAGGGGCGCUGUCUCCGUCGGGGUUCCCCGGCCAUAAUUCGGAGAGGCCGGCAGAGGCGUGCAAAGGCGUCUUUGAGCGUCCUCACCUCCACACUGCUGUCCCGCACACGGCUGCAUGGCCUCAGACAGGUGUGUCUUCCUGGAGGCUCAAUUGGACGGAGGGCGUUCUGGCUCAUUGCUCUAUGCACGUCCAUAGGACUGCUGCUGUCCUGGUCAUCUAACCGCCUUCUACACUGGCUCUCAUUCCCAACCUACACUCGAGUACACACAGAGUGGGCCAAAGAACUGCCCUUUCCUGCAGUCACUAUUUGCAACAACAACCCCAUCCGCCUCUACAAACUCACCAAGAGUGACUUGUACUUUGCGGGCCACUGGCUGGGCCUGCUCCUGGCCAACAGGACUGUGAGACCACUGGUGCUGGACCUGCUGCAGGAGGACCGCCAGGCCUGGUUCAACAAACUGUCAGACUUCAGACUCUUUCUUCCUCCAAGAAACUUUGAGGGAACCAACCUGGAGUUUAUGGACCGCCUGAGCCAUCAGCUGGAUGACAUGCUCCUGUCGUGUAAAUACAGAGGGGAGCCCUGCGGAGCUCACAACUUCUCAUCAGUGAGUAACUGCUCUACUGUCUGA